UUUAAAAAAACUUGUGCCAAUAAAUUAACUCUGCUAAACUGGGUAGAAAUUCAGUUUCUCAGGCCACUUAGCAGUUCUUGCAUCUUGUCUUGAAACACACAGUUCUUCUCUCUCCAUAUGUAGUAAACAACAGCCACCAACACCAUCCUAUACACUUCAUCCCUUGGGCACUUCCCAUUUGCAUUUUGAGUUGCCUAGUUUAACUCAGCAUCCCAAUCCCCUGGUGUUCUUGUAAUGCGACCUGAAAAGGUAAUUAAUUUUCCAGAACAUAGUUCAGAUUUGACAAAUAGAAAAUAGUUGUUGGAAUGAUCUAUCAGAAACAGCCUAUCUACCCCACAAAGGUAGAGGUAAGAUCUACGUCUACUUGUGGGAUACACUGGGCAUGUUGUUCUUGUAGUUGUUGGAAUGAUCUUUUUAUUGUUUUGUUGGAUUCAGUACUUCAGUAAGCUGUUCAGGCAACUCAAAAGCAGGACAUUCAUUCUCUGAAAGGACAAGAAAGCUCUAGGUAUUUCCUCUUUACUUGGAGAAAGAUGGCCUUUAACUCUCGAAGUUCAUUACCACAUUCCGAACGGUGGGAUUAUGAUGUCUUUUUGAGUUUUAGAGGAGAAGAUACUCGUAAGACCUUUGUGGGCCACCUUUAUAGAGAAUUAAGUCGAGCUGGAAUCAAUACCUUCAAAGACGAUGAAACACUAAAAAGUGGUGCAUCCAUCUCACCUCAACUUGUGAGUUCCAUAAAACGGUCAAGGUUUUCCAUUCUCGUGUUCUCAAAGAACUAUGCUUCAUCCAAAUGGUGCUUGGAUGAGCUAUCAAAGAUCAUAGAAUCUAGACAUAAACUUGGGCAGGAAGUUGUACCAAUCUUUUAUGACAUAAGUCCAUCGGAAGUACGCUCCCAGAGAAAUAGUUUUGCUGACGCCUUUUCCAGAUAUGAGGAAGAUUUCAAGGGUGACACCAAGAAGGUGCAUAAAUGGAGGAAUGCUUUAUAUGAAGCAACCAAUUUGGCUGGCCAUGAUCUGCAUAGCAGUACUUACAAUGGAAACGAGUCUAUGUGCAUUCAACAUAUUGUGAAAGAGAUAUCUAAUGAGUUGUGCCGAAAGUCAAUGAGCAGUGGCAUGCUAGUGGUAGCAGAAUCACAAAUUCGAGCUGUAUGUUCACUGUUGAUGAUGGAAUGUGAAGAUGUUCGAUUUAUUGGGAUUUCAGGGAUGGGUGGUAUUGGGAAGACCACCAUUGCAAGAGCCAUUUUUGUCAGGUUUUCUCAUCAAUUUGAAGGUGCUUGUUUUGUUGCAAACAUCAAAGAAAAUCAAGCUAAACAGGGGUUGUUGUCUUUGCAAAAGAAUCUGGUUUCGGAGGUGUUGACAGUUGAAUCUGUGAAUAUAGCUAAUGAAUAUAGUGGAAUUGACUUGAUAAGAAAAAGGCUUGGUUCUAAGAAGGUAGUGUAGCUCUUGAUGAUGUGGAUCACCAAGACCAGUUGGAUGGUUUAGCUGGAGACCGUGAUUGGUUUGGUAAAGGCAGAAUUGUUAUAACAGCAAGGGAUAACCACUUGCUUUGGAACUGUUGUGAAAUUUAUAAGGUUGGUUUACUAGCUGUAGCUGAAGCGACUCGACUAUUUAAACGGCAUGCUUUUAAAAAGACAUCUCCUAACAGCGAUUUUCAGCAGCUCUCUCAACGGGUGGUACAGUACGCUGGUGGCCUUCCCCUGGCGCUUAAAGUCUUAGGUUCAUUCCUUUUUGGAUGGAGCAUGAAACAGUGGAGAAAUGCACUAGAUACACUGAAAGAUACUCCAAAUGAUGAAAUUAUUUCAAAGCUUAGGAUAAGUUAUGAUGGGCUGGGUGAUGCAGAGAAGCAAG